AUUUAUUUUCAUCCUUUGCUCUGCGUAGACGCAUGUUGGGAACUGUGAACUGUCAUUCGCUUCGAAUGCGUAUAGUUCGAGGAAUUUGAUAUAUUUACUUGUGUUUGUGUGUGUAUUAACUAGUGUUCAAAACUAGUAAUAUGUUCAUAUGUUACAAGUGUUAACGUACGUUUGUUGACUUUGCCAUUGAUUCGACUUAGUGGAACUCACACCAUGUCUCUGAAGGUGUGCGGAGUGUUGGUUGGAGUCCUUCUGCUGGCCCUGCCUAUAGUUUUCGCGUGCAACGAGGCUAUUUGCGCCAGCGUCGUGUCUAAAUGCAUGUUGACCCAGUCAUGCAAGUGUGACCUGAAGGACUGCUCAUGUUGUAAAGAGUGCUUUAGCUGCUUAAGUACCUUGUACAGCGAGUGCUGCAGCUGUGUUGAUAUGUGCCCUAAACCAAAUGACACAGCAACUGCACUGUCGAAGACAUCCUAUGUGGAAGAGCUGGCAGCCGACAGUGUCCCUGUCUUGUUCAGUAGUCUGACCAGUGAUCCAGACCCAGAGGAGCGGUGGCUGUCAAUCACAUACCCGGUGGACCUUGACAUAUCUGCGUACAGGCCUGCUAAAGACAAUCAGCUGGUGUAUCAUUUGCAGAGCAUAGAGCAGGAAGCGGAACCGACCAGCCGCGACGUGGUCACAUUCAACUGCACCAUCGCGUACAUGGCGCAGUGCAUGUCGAGCGACAAGUGCCGGACGCUGUGCCGGUCCAUGGGCGCCAGCAGCUUGCGGUGGUUCCACGACGGCUGCUGCGAGUGUGUGGGAGAUAAAUGCCUGUCAUACGGCCUCAACGAGAGCAGAUGCCCAGGCUGCCCCGCCGGCAAGGAGGAGGAGGACGAGCUCGCCUUCGACGAGCUGGACUACGGAGAAGAAGUUAUGUCCGUCGCCGACGCCAAGCACAACUCCUAGCCUGUAGGAAGUAAGAUCUGAUCGUGCCCCUUUAAGGCUUAUUUUAGUUACAUUCAGUAAAAUUUGGUCAGCAGACGCUUACAUGUUGUCUCUAUGCGAAAUUACUGUAUCAUCAAGGUUUAUUUUUCCAUUAUUUAUUCUUCACAUUCAUCUGAUCACAGAACGUACCGUCUUUCUCUUAUAUAAUAUAAUUAUUAUAAUAUAAUUCCUUUUUCGACUAUUGUAAUGUGAAUGUGGUUCACAUUUUGUGUAGUCUUGCCGUAAUUGAAUCGAGGAUAAAAUUGGUUCACGACGAGUAGGCUACUCGUCGUACCAACCAACGGAGUAGCUACUCGGAGUAGCUGCUCUCAACUCUCAAUCAGUAGCAAAAUUGAUACGUAUAGUAACUUACUAACCAUUUUUUUGGUAUUUAGUUUUGCCUUCUGAUUUGGUCAGGUAAAUAUAUUGCUGUUGUUCAUUUUAUUAAAAUACCUUAAAGUAUCAUUUCAGUUCAUAUCAGGUUGUUGCGACGAAACUUUUAUUUACCCCUUUGAAUGCCACGCCUAUCGUGUGCGGUGAAAGAUGAUAUUGAGAUCUAGCCGCACGCGUCAGUUGACAUCUUCGUCACAGGGUUAAAUUGUAAAGUGAUGCUUUUUUACUUCAUUUUUUGAACACAUAUUUGAGAUAUACUCAAAAUAUUGCGAUAUAAUCGAAAAUCAUCUUAUGAAUCUCGUUAAAUAUGUACUCGUACAUUUCGAUUCGAUAUCAAACAUUAAACAAGAAGAAGACAUGUAACCUUAUAUUGGAAACUGUGUGUUAACUAUACAUGCCUUAUUUUGAAAUAGUUAUAAAAGAUCUGAUUCUAAACCUUGUAAAUUCAGAUACGGUAGUUAGGUUAGGGAACAGUAUUUAUUUAUGUAUAAUCUUAUUACUACUUAUUUAGAAAUAUUUUCAGUCCUUAAAUACGUUGCGUUAAUUAUUUUUGUAAUGAAGAUCGUAGGUACAAAUAUGAACAAUUCUUAGUUAUAAUAAGUAAGUUUAUGAGCUUUAAAAUUAUUAAAUACGUGCCUCUUUCGUCUUAUGUGCCUCUUACUUGCAAAUAAUGAUAAGAUACAUAGGUA